AUGCGCCAGCGGGCAGUUGACUUGCGUGAUGCUAUCGAACGUGGGGACCUUGAGCACUACGGUGGCCUCAUCGGUGUAGCCUGGGAACUGGAAAGGCGUCUGUAUUCCGGAGCAUGUUCACCAGUCAUUGCUGACAUAAUCUUGAGCGUGGAAAAUGGGGUUUGGGACGUGAGGCUUGCGGGGGAUUGUGGUGGCGGCGAGGGUGACGGGGGAAGGUAUCUCUACUUGGUGCCGAGGAACGCGAGCGCCGCCCAGUGCAUCCGGUACGGAUUAACACAAAAUUCACCAAAUACCACGGUGCAAUUUGUGGAGAUGGGUGUUUCUCAGGGUGAUAUCGAAGUGAAGCGAAUACGAAGCAGAAGGAAGUUUUUAAAGCUUUUUGUUUGUGCGCGUGUCUUCAGUGUUUAUACGUGCUACUCUAGCGUGUGGAGUCGUCUUUUGACCACCGUCACCGCUGCGGAGGCAGCUGAAGCUUUUUUCUAUGCAUGUUUUUGUUGUGUUAUCCACUUGCUUCCAUUAUGGUGGGACAGCGACGGCUUUCGUUUGAUGCUCUUUUCCUCCUCCUUGCUCUAUUUUUUUCUUGCAUCCCGCUUUCUGGACUUGGCGUGGACACUGCUUUCGUGA